AUGGAAAGUGCCGACCGUCAGUCGCCCCUCGCACCUGUUAAGGUUGAGAAUCAAGAAGAUCUGGAAGAUCUAAGCGAUAGAUUGUCCAGGCUACCUGGACCAGAGUAUAUUUCGACUCGCAGUGGAGCGGGAAACCAGAAGGUCCAUUAUCUUACUGGCGAGAAGUCGUCGACUCCCGCGAAUGAAAUCUUCGGAACGAACAGCUGGAGUUGCAGCGUGGUGUCUGUCACUACAGACGAACUGAAUGUCACGCCUUCUUCAAUCAGUAUGAUGGUCACAGCAGUGGUCAGAGUGACUUGUUUGUAUCUAAACAAGUAUGGGCAAUUUGCUUCAUAUGAAGAUGUUGGCACGGAGUAUGGAGAAGGAUCUCUGAAACAGAAAAAAGACGUCGUGGACAGGACUAAGAAGGGUGCAGUCACGGACGCACGCAAACGUGCGCUCGGUCAAUUUGGAAAUGCACUCGGGUUGUUCCUUAAAGAUAAGGAUGCAGUCAGGGCUGCGAUGCGGCAGCAGGUUGAGCAGCCGGCGUACAAUAUGCAUCGCAAGAGUACGUCAGUGUCGCGGAUGGUUACACCCGCGUCUUCUUUUCGGUCUGGGUUCGAUCGAAUGAGCCAUCAAUCUUCACCGAAACGGAGGGCUGUAGAGUCCGAUAUUAGUAUGGAGGAUAGAGCGAGGCUUGCUCAGAUUGUAGUAAGUACCGACUGGGAUGAUUUUGGAAUGGAAUGA